AUGCAGAAAGAAUCUAGUGAAGAUGUUGAUACGCAAAACGUCAAUGUGCGUAAACCGUAUAAAAAACGCCGAAAAGCAAAGAAGUCUCGAGAUGUACUUAACAGUUUACAGGAUGAUGCUUCGAAGACUUCAAUCAAUUCUCAAAUUUAUUCGACUAAGAGAAUAGAAUUUGAUGACGUUGGAGAGAUAAAAAGUUUAUACGCUGCAGAUAACUGGGAUCUUUCUGAUUGUACUCGCAGGUCGAAAAAGCGUUCAGGAUACGUCACUUUUACAAACAUAUGUGCCGAACAGAGAUUUACACCGAAAUCUGGAGUCUCAAACCUUGAGAAUACUGAUAUUAUAUCCCACAUUUCAGAAGAUGAGUUAGAAUCCGUACGUGAAAUACCGAUCAAACAUGAAAAGAAUCAGCAUUUAGAAGUGACAAUCUACAGUUUUCCUAAUAACUAUGAGACUGUUGUGAAGUAUUGGUAUGAUACGUUUCAGAAACUUCAUUUACUCACCAGAAUAACUAAAAACCAGGAAGGUGCCAACAAUUAUUGUUCAGUAAUUGAACAAAUACCUUUAUCCACCGCAACUGAAAGAGCGUCAAAUAACACAUCAUUACAUGAAGAACAAAUGGAAAACUGUCAAUAA